AGAGGACGAACGGCGAUGGCGGCGGUCGCAGCGGACCGAGCUGCGGCCACAGAGGCGGCCGAGGACAGACAGCCUCAGCUAGAGGCACUGCCAGGCCUCGACAGCCAACGACAGCAGAUAGAAAACGGCGAGAAUGGGCGACAGCGUCCUCUGCGAACUGGCGAAAGCUGGUUCCUUGUGGAGCAGCGCUGGUAUAAACAGUGGGAGCUGUAUGUGCAGGGAGGUGAUCAGAACUCGUGCACCUUUCCUGGCAGUAUCAACAAUGCCAUUCUCUUUGAAGAUCAGAUAAGCUGGCGUCUGAAGAAAGGUUUGGUGGAAGGCAAGGAUUAUGUGCUGCUGCCAGCAGCUGCUUGGAAUGACAUGGUCAGCUGGUAUGGCCUAGAGCAUGGCCAGCCACCCAUUGAGCGCAAGGUCGUAGAGCUAUCCAACAUGAGGAAGGUGGAGGUGUACCCUGUAGAGCUGCUGCUCGUCCGACACAAUGAUAUGAGCACAACUCGCACUGUUAAAUUCAGCCACAUGGACUCUGUCGACCAUGUCCUGCUCACAGCUCGGGAACAAUUCCUGGUGGAACCGCAGAGAGACACGCGGCUGUGGGCCAAGAACUCGGAUGGCACUCUUGAUCGCCUGUGCGACCCACACAUCACAGUGUUUGAUGCUGCCCUCGAGUCUGGGCAGUUAAUCAUCAUGGAGACCCGAAACAAAGAUGGCACUUGGCCCAGCGCACAGCUGCAUGUCAUGAACAUGUCGGAAGAAGAUGAGGACUUCCAGGGCCAACCAGGAAUCUGUGGUCUCACCAAUCUGGGCAACACAUGCUUCAUGAACUCAGCCCUGCAGUGCCUCAGCAACGUGCCACAGCUCACAGAGUACUUCCUCAACAACCGCUAUGUACACGAGCUCAACUUCCGCAACCCGCUAGGCAUGAAGGGUGAACUCGCAGAGGCCUACGCGGACCUGGUGAAGCAGGCGUGGUCCGGCCACCACCGCUCCAUUGUGCCCCAUGUGUUCAAGAACAAAGUGGGUCACUUUGCCUCCCAGUUUCUGGGCUACCAGCAGCACGACUCCCAGGAGCUGCUGUCAUUCCUCCUGGAUGGGCUGCACGAGGACCUGAACCGGGUCAAGAAGAAGGAGUAUGUGGAGCUGCGCGAUGCUGCUGGGCGGCCAGAUCAGGAGGUCGCUCAGGAGGCCUGGUACAACCACAAACGUCGGAAUGAUUCUGUGAUCGUGGAUACUUUCCACGGACUCUUCAAGUCCACGCUGGUGUGCCCUGAUUGUGGCCACGUGUCUGUGACCUUUGACCCAUUCUGCUACCUCAGCGUCCCACUUCCUGUCAGCCACAAGAGGGUCAUGGAGGUCUUCUUUAUCCCCAUGGAUCCCCGCCGCAAGCCUGAACAGCACCGUGUUGUGGUCCCCAAAAAAGGCAAUAUCUCGGAUCUGUGUGUGGCUCUAUCUAAACACACUGGCAUUGCACCAGACAGGAUGAUGGUGGCUGAUGUGUUCAGCCACCGCUUCUAUAAGCUGUACCAGCUGGAGGACCCUCUAAGUACCAUCUUGGACCGUGAUGAUAUCUUUGUAUACGAGGUGACAGGUCGGAUUGAGGCAACCGAGGGCUCGAGAGAGGACAUUGUGGUUCCUGUCUAUAUGCGGGAGCGCACCCCGGCCCGAGACUACAACAACUCCUACUAUGGUCUGAUGCUUUUUGGCCACCCUCUCCUGGUGUCAGUGCCCCGGGACCGGUUCUCCUGGGAAGGCCUGUAUAACAUCCUGAUGUACCGGCUCUCGCGCUACGUGACCAAACCAAGCUCAGAUGAUGAAGACGAAGGGGAUGAGAAAGAUGAUGAGGACGAGGACACUGAUGACGAGGACAAAGAUGCUAUGCCUGGGCCCUCCACUCGGAGCAGCCUCCGAGAACCUGAGCCAGAGCAGGCUGGGCCCAGCUCUGGGGUCUCAAGGAGGUGCCCCUUACUCUUGGAUAACUGUCUUCGCUCAUCCCAGUGGCCCCCGCGGCGACGACGCAAGCAACUGUUCACUCUUCAGACCGUGAACUCCAAUGGGACCAGCGACCGCACAAACUCCCCUGAGGAUGUCCAAGCUCAGCCAUACAUUGCCAUUGAUUGGGAGCCAGAGAUGAAGCGUCGUUACUAUGAUGAAGUAGAGGCUGAGGGCUACGUAAAACAUGACUGUGUUGGCUACAUGCUGAAAAAAGCACCUGUGCAGCUGCAGGAAUGCAUCGAGCUCUUCACCACGGUGGAGACCCUAGAGAAAGAGAACCCCUGGUACUGCCCCUCCUGCAAGCAGCACCAGCUCGCCACCAAGAAGCUGGACCUGUGGCUGCUGCCUGAGAUUCUCAUCAUUCACCUGAAGCGCUUUUCCUACUCCAAGUUCUCCCGUGAGAAGCUCGACACCCUGGUGCAGUUUCCUAUCCGGGAUCUGGACUUCUCUGAAUUUGUCAUCAAGCCGCAGAACGAGUCGGCUCCAGAGCUGUACAAAUACGAUCUGAUCGCGGUUUCCAACCACUAUGGGGGCCUGCGUGAUGGACACUACACAACAUUUGCCUGCAACAAGGACAGCGGCCAGUGGCACUACUUUGAUGAUAACAGCGUCUCCCCUGUGAAUGAGAAUCAGAUUGAGUCCAAGGCGGCCUACGUCCUCUUCUACCAGCGCCAGGAUGUGGUGCGUCGCCGCCUGCAGUCCCAGCGCCUGCAGUCCCAGCGUGGCGCAUCCCACCCCCAGGCCUCUGCCAGCUCUGAAUUUAUGGAUGUGAACUGAGCGGCCCUGGGGCCUGCCACAGGGAAGGAAGUCCUCCUGUCACCUUGCUUUUUGUGUCCACCCCCGCUCUCUUCUCUGUGUUCCGCGCCCCCACCAGUGCUAACGGCUUAAUCAUGGCUACUGUUUCCUGUGCCGCUCCAUUGCUGUCUCCUGGGAGGAGGAACUCAUGCCCCAUCCCACCCCACCCUACCCUGCAGUGCGCUCCCCACCUGUGUGUCCCCUUUAGAGCAGCACCCUCCUCUCCCAGUCUUUAUUUAUGGUUGUCCCCUUCCUUCUUCCUCGCCCCAGAGUGUUCUUGAAUGGCUGCUGUGGGGGUUCACUUGAACACAGAGUGUAUUUUCUUACUGAAACAUGUAUCCUCUGCUGGUGUGUUAUAUAUAAAGCGCAUUGUGUUCCUUG